AUUUCAAGCCCCCAAAACCGAAAACCCCUAGAGCAGAGAGAGGGUUGAAAAUAUGGCGGUUCCAGGAAGGCGUAAUGGUCUAAUGGAAGAAGAUGACAAUGAAGACGACAAUGCUCUUUUCGACGAAGAUUUGGGUGAGCUCGACUUGGACACGCCUCCUCACCUCCGUGCUCUAGCCACCGCCGCUCAGCUCGGCAACGUCGACGCCCUCCGCCUCGCUCUUGAUAACUUAGAAGGAAGCAUUGAUCAACCAGCAGAAGAUGGGGACAGUGCUCUUCAUCUCUGCUGCCUUUAUGGGCAUUUGCCCUGUGUUCAGUUACUCAUAGAAAGGGGAGCUAACUUGGAGGCUAAGGAUGAAGAUGGGGCCAUUCCCUUACAUGAUGCCUGUGCUAGCGGGUUUACUGAAAUAGUCCAGUUUUUAAUCAACCGGGCAAACAAUGCAGAAUGUUUAAAGAGGAUGUUAGAAUCAGUUGAUGCAGAGGGUGAUACACCUCUUCAUCAUGCGGCCCGAGGCGAGCAUGAUGAUAUUGUAAGAUUGUUACUGGCUUCCGGAGCGUCACCUACAUCAGCAAACCUGUAUGGAAAGAUCCCCAGCGAAUUACCCGAGCCGGACACAGAAGCUAGGAGAAUUUUGGAAGCUGCUGCUGCUAGUGCACAGCAAUGCCAAUAGAGUUUCAUUGCUGAAAAUAUCCACAUUUUGUUCUGAUACGGGAGCACUAUCUUUGUGACCUCUCUGUUUGGUCAGUAAUCAGUAUCACCGACCACUGAACAUGAUGAGGCACUUUUUCUUUCUUUUUUGCUUUUGUUAUUUGGUUUGAAGUUUUGGAAUCAAUAGGAAGAGAGCAUAUAGUUCCCCCCAUGUGAAGCGAUAUGAUGUUACAUCUCGGAUUAGUAAGUCGAGUUUUGAAAUGUCCCAAUGCGUUAAUCAUAGUUUGAUCACUCCUAAUGGAUGAGUUAAAAUGUAUUAUUCUUUAUAAUAUAGAGAAAAAAAUGAUUAAGUA